CCAAAAUGUGCAAACCACUACACUCACCCCAAUGGCUGAUCGAGUUCACCCAAACACCUCUCCACCCUCAAACGACUCUAAAACGACGUCGUCUGAGAAAACCGCCCCAAUGGCUGAUCGAGUUCAUCAAAAAACGACGUCGUCUGAGAAACCCGUUACCAAAGAAGCUCCAUCCGCUCCCAAAGAGGCUCCACCGCUGGGAGCCUAUGUUGUCCAGUUUCCAAAAGAGCAGGUCUACCGCUACCCUCCGCCGGAGAAUGCCGUUCGUUUUGCUAACUACACUCGCCGGAAAAAUAGAAGAUGCCGCUGCUGUUGUUGUCUCUGUUGGUUCAUCGGCAUCAUUGUAGCUUUAGCCGUGCUUCUCGCCAUCGCCGCCGGUGUUUUCUACUUGGUGUUCCGGCCGGAAGCGCCUAAGUAUUCGGUCAAACGCGUCUCCGUCAAGGGAAUGAACCUCACCUCCCAAUCCGCGCUCUCGCCGGAGUUUGACGUCUCUGUUAACGCUGAUAACGGCAACCGUAAGAUCGGAAUCUAUUACAACAAGGAUAGCACUGUUGAACUGUUUUACAGAGAUGUUAACCUCUGUAACGGCGCGUUACCGGCGUUUUAUCAGCCGUCGAAUAAUGUAACGGUGUUUCAGACGGUGUUGAAGGGUAAAAGUGUAAUGGUUGCCGGAUCUGAUCGGAAAGCGUUACUGAAUGCUGUUAAGAAACAGAGCGUGCCUUUAACGUUGAAGCUGAGGGUUCCGGUGAAAUUCAAAGUUGGAUCUGUGAAGACAUGGACGUUCAACGUUAAGGUUCACUGUGUUGUGACGGUGGAUGAGUUAACGGAGAAAGCGGAGAUUGUUAACAGAGAUUGCAGUUACGGAUUGGAUGUUUGGAAAUGGUGAUGAAAUUCAUUAUUUGAAUUUAACCAUGUAGGAAUUAGGAUGAAAGGGUAGUAUAUUUUAUGGUUUGAUUUUUUUUUUCAGUGCGUUUUUUUCCAGACAGAUAUUGUGAAUUUUUAUUAUGACUUUGCUAA